AGAAGAACAAACCUUAUUCUUCUGUUCUGGCAAUACUAAAUUCCUGGAAUUGUCUAUACAAAAUACUUUUCUUUUCUGCCACACUAAAUAUAAAAUUAGUAACUUCAUUAUCCUCUCCCAUUUUAAAAAUAAUAUCAAUUCUCUCUCCUAUAAUUCUUCUGACUCAAGGGUUGUAAAGAUAGAGUAGCUUACCCCAAUCAAUCAUAAAAAAGCUCUCAAAACAUUUGACACCAAAACCAAAAAGACAACAAACAUGGGUAGAGCUCCUUGUUGUGACAAAGCAAACGUGAAGAAAGGUCCAUGGUCUCCAGAAGAAGAUUCUAAACUCAAAUCUUACAUAGAACAACAUGGUACUGGUGGUAACUGGAUUGCUCUCCCACAAAAAAUUGGCUUGAAGCGUUGUGGAAAGAGCUGUCGUCUCCGGUGGCUAAACUAUCUUCGCCCUAAUCUCAAACAUGGUGGUUUCUCCGAAGAAGAAGAUAACAUUAUUUGCAGCCUUUACAUUAGUAUUGGAAGCAGCAGGUGGUCGAUAAUUGCAGCUCAAUUGCCAGGAAGAACUGAUAAUGACAUAAAGAACUAUUGGAAUACAAGGUUGAAAAAGAAGCUUUUGGGGAAACACCGUAAAGAUCAACAACAACAAGCACGUAAUAGAGGAAAUAAUGGUGCUAUUGUUAAGCAAGAAAGCAAUAAUAAUAGAGUGAUGAGUAGUAAUGAAUUUUCCUUAUCAAAUUUGGUUCAAGAACAACCAUAUUUACCACAUGUCAUGCAACCUUUGCUAUCAACACCCCAACCUCCACCACCAUCAAUGUUGUCAUACACAAACCAACAAGGCUUCAAUGAUCAAGAUUCUAUUAGAAAACUUCUUAUGAAGCUUGGAGGAAGAUUUUCAGGUGAUUAUCAUCCUAAUACUACUUUUGAUGCUUUGAAUCUUCAAUUUUCAAAUGCUACUUCUUCAACUCAUGAACAAGUUUAUGAUCAAGAACAUCAUGUGGGAUCUUCUACUUGUGUUAAUUCUUCCAAUGAUAACAACCAUAACCAAGUACAAUUUGCAAUAAAUGGUCAAUACUUUGACUCGGUGCAAGAAGAACAAGGCAAGUUCAUUCCAGAAAUUGAUCAUAUGGUAUCUACCAAUUAUCCACCAAGAUUUGAUGGGUUGGAAUUCUUUUAUGGUGAAGAAGACUUGAAUAUUGAUCAUAAUAAGAUACAAGGUUCUAGCACUAAUUGGAGUGAAGCUACCACUUCAACUUAUCAUCAUCCUCUUGAUUCAAAAUACCAAGGUUAAGUUGUGAUUUGUGAGGUAAGAUUAGUGGUUUUAAAUUGCGGUUAUGUUGUGAACCUUCAUAUUGCAACAAAAUGAUGUCGAUGCAAUCGAAAUUGAAGUUACUAUGCCGUUGCGGACACCUCAAAAUCCUUUAUGUUGUGGCUGCAAUUGUGAUUUGCAAUUUAAAAGAAUGAGGUUACAAAAUUCAGAGUAACUAAUAACAUUGUGUACAUUAUUGUUAAUUUCUGGUAUUAGUCAUUGUUUUGUUUGAAGUUUAUUAUUACAGACAAUAAGAUUGGAUAUAUGUCUACUCAUAUUUCUUUUUUAUGAA